UCAUUCAUAAAUGUGCCGGCACCAUGCUCCCAUGUUCUGCGUCAUUAAGCAGGCUACAGACGUGAUACCCAAAGCUGAGAAGCAAGUAUAAAAGUCCAGGAAUCAGUCUGUCCCCCCAAAUAACUUCCUACCAGCUUGCAAUCUCAUCUGCAGGGAGCGAACUGCAGCACUGGCCAGACCAUCCUCUGCCGUUAAGAAGUUACACGAUUGGCAGCCCCUGUCAUGAAGACUCCGCUGCUGUCCUACACGGUUAUCCUGCUUGUUCUCUUCUUCCGCAGUGGGCAUUGCCGAGCCCUGGAUAGCUCCACGCCCAGCAGGACCCGCCCGGAUCCCCAGGCAGCACUCCAACAGUCCCUUGGUCCAUUCUGGAUCCGCGAUGGGGAGGAAUACCUCAUGCUCCCGGCCAAAGAUUCCAAGGACAGCGCUGGGGUCUCUCCCGCCCGCUGGCAGAUGGUCCUUUCUGAUCCAACUUUCCCGAAGCACAUUCUGCGAGACCCAGUUGGAGACUUGGAGCAAGUUAGCAGCAGAUACCAGGCCGAGAGGGGUGGGAUGUUAGACAGAGGGAAGAGGUUAGACGACCCUCCGAUUUCCUUGGAUCUAACAUUCCACCUUCUCCGGGAAGUGCUGGAAAUGGCCAGGGCUGAGCAAAUGGAACAACAGGCUCACACCAACCGCAAAAUAAUGGAGCUCAUCGGCUGAGAGAGAGGGAGGGAGGUGGCCCCACCACAAGAACAUCAAUCAUAGCGCUGCUCUGACACUAGUGUUUAUUUUUAUAGCGCUAAACUGUUACAGUGUGCAGUUCAACCAACCCAAUCCUGUAGCUGACAGUCCAGUGUAGAAUUGUAGUGAAUAAACGUAUCGGUGCUCAAUCAAUGUGUAAGAGAAUGUCUGAUAUUUAUAUUUUUUAAUAAAAGCUGCUUUAUGCUUUA